GCGGAGAGAGGAUUACCACAGAAAGCGAUUGCGGAGCGAUUUUUGUCGGAUUCGCAUCCCGACGCCUUUCCUACAUUUUCGGACGACGUUUCCGUCGAUGGUUUCCAAUGGAUUACUAAUUUAACCGCAGGGACAUCGCGAUCUGCCGGAUAUAUCAGCUGAAGAUCUGAAACGGAGUUCACUCGAGAGGAUCACUGUCACCGUGGACGGAGAUGAAGACACUGGAGGAGCCCCCUUACCUGACCGUUGGCACUGACGUGAGUGCCAAAUACAGAGGGGCGUUCUGUGAGGCCAAGAUCAAGACCGCCAAGAGACUCGUCAAAGCAAAGGUCACCUUCAAACCCAGCUCGUCCACUGCGGAGGUGCACGAUGAACACAUCAGAGGAGUGCUGAAGUGGGCGGCCUCUUUUAAAGCACUGAUCCUAUGUAACUCUGUCCUGAUGCGUCUGAUAACUCGUCUCUCUUUCUCUCUCCUGGGCUCAGUGUUUGAUGACGGCGAUGAGAAGACCCUCAGGCGCUCGUCUCUCUGCCUGAAAGGAGCGCGACACUUCGCCGAGAGUGAGACGCUCGACAGGCUUCCUCUGACAAACCCCGAACACUUCGGCACUCCUGUCAUCGGCAGAAAGGGAAACCGUGGAGGCCGACGCUCCAACCCCAUUCAAGAAGAGGAGUCAUCUUCAUCGUCUAGUGAGGAAGAGGAGGGCGAUCAGCAGCAAAACGAAGAGCUUUACGGCAAAGUGGUGUGUGUGGGUGGAGUCGUCACUAGCGACAAGAAGAAAACCACAUGGUAUCCUGCGAUGGUCAUCUCUCCAGACUGUCACGAAGAUGUGACAUUGAAGAAAGACAACGUUUUUGUUCGCUCCUUCAAAGAUGGAAAAUUUUACACAGUUUUGCGGAAAGACAUUCGAGAGCUGGAUGAAGAGAAAGCUCCUAAAGCGGACGCAGGACUCAAACCAGCGUUAGAUGCAGCGUGGGAUUUCCAGCGUAACCGCACUGUGCCCAACACGUGGAGGACGGAGGUGAAGGAUGAAAGCUCCAGCAGUGAGGAUGAUGAAGAGGAGGAGGAACAUGAGAAAGAGGCCAGCAGCGAGGAGGAAGAGGAGGAAGUAGAGCCGUUCCCAGAAGAGAAAGACAACUUCCUACAGCAGCUUUACAAAUUUAUGGAGGACAGAGGAACUCCUAUCAAUAAGCGACCGGUGCUGGGCUACAGGAACCUGAAUCUUUUUCAACUCUACCGGCUGGUGCAUAAGCUCGGAGGAUUUGACAAUAUCGAGAGCGGAUCUGUCUGGAAGCAGGUGUAUCAGGAUCUGGGCAUCCCCGUGCUCCACUCCGCAGCCGGUUACAACGUCAAAUGCGCCUACAGAAAGUACCUGUAUGGCUUUGAGGACUACUGCGCCUCCACGAGAGUCACGUUCCGCAUGGAUCUGCCAUAUAAGACGGGCGAGAAGACGAGCUCAAAGAGCGAGGUGAGCGCGGAGGAAGCGGUCAGCGGCGGAAACGCUGUCUCUUUAAGCACAUCCAGCGCAGGAGAAGAACAGAAAGCCCUCAAAGAACCAGAGACCUCCAGCAGCCCACAUGUGGUCGAGGAGGAGAACGCAGAAUCCACGGCACCUUGUGAAGAUAAAGUGGACAUCAGCAGUGUAAAUGAGGAGGAGGAGGAGGAUAACCACGCUGAUGAAGAGGAGAGCGAUACGAAAGAGGAGGCCAGAGAAUGCGUCCCGACAGCGCUGAGUCCCGUCACUGAGAGCGUGGAGGAGGAACCAUGCGAGGAACCCGACGACAAAGAUCUGUCAGGGGAUGUCAGCAGUCAGGAGUGGGAGGAAGGGGAGGAGUUUGAGUGUUACCGUCCUGGGAUGAAGGUGCAGGUGAGGUAUGGGCGAGGCCACAAUCAGAAGACGUACGAAGCCACUGUGAAAGAGUCAGACCUGGAGGGGGGAGAGGUGCUCUACCUGGUGCACUACUGUGGCUGGAACGUCAGGUAUGACGAGUGGAUCAAAGCCGAUAAGAUUGUCAGACCAGCCAAUAAGAACGUCUCUAAAAUAAAGCACCGCAAAAAAAUAAAGAAUAAAGCAGAACGAGAAAGAGACCGAAUAGAGCGACUGACAGACAGAGAGGAUCUUCCUUCGUCCAAAAAUCGCAUCAAUCGAUUGACCAAACCGAACUCUGGCAGUGAUGUUUUCUCCAAGAUGGAGGAGUGUGGUGAUAAAGGAAGCCAGCAGAUGCCCGUCAAGCCCAUAGAGAUCACAUCCAUUCUCAAUGGCCUCCCAGGCUCUGAAAGCUCCACAGACGACAGUGAGCGAGAAGAAGAUGGUGACGCUGAUCACGACGAAGGGGAUCAUCCAGGAGGACGAGCGAGCCUUCGGAAAGCAGGUCUUCCAGAGCGCCCGCAUACGCCACAGCACUGGGAGAGCGGGAGCCCGUCUGAAGCCUUCAAAGCUCCCGUGGUUGCGGACGAGGAGCCGAGGGUCCUAGAAACGGGCAAGAGAAAGGGCCAAUUUGAGGUGGAGCUCGAAGGUUCUGGUGGCAGAAGAAAAAAAGCAGAAGGUCAAGGCGAGCGCGCUUUAAAAAGCCCAGCGAAAGGCAAAACUAGAAGAAGCAGAGGAGGCGAUUGGCUGCCAAGUAGUUCACCCAAAAAGUUGGAGAAACGAGGUCCGGUUGAGGAUAGAGGCGCUCAGUCGUGUAGCAGCUCUGAAGACGAAGCAGAUCCUCCAACAGAACCACAAACCAAGGAAGAACCAAGAGGAACUCCCAAAACCAAGGGCUCCCCUUCAAAGAAAUACAACGGAGUGAAGGAGAAGAAUAAAAGCGGGCGUUCGGGAUUCUGGGAGAUCCCGGAGAAAAGAGCCAAAAUAUCCACAGGGAUCGAAGAAAGGUCACCUGGCUGUCGUACUAAAGGCCAGAAGGAUGUGUGGUCCAGUAUCCAAGUUCAAUGGCCCAAGAAGAUCCUAAAGGAUCUGUUUUCGGACUCGGACACCGAGGCGGCCAACUCGCCUCCACCCGCCGUAACGGCUCCGGACGAGCCCUGCGUCGAACCCUCCCGGGACGAGGAGAUCGCCGAGGACAAGCUGCAGGAGCAUCCCAGCAGCGGCACCAACUCGGUCCUCAACACGCCUCCGACUUCGCCGGAGUCGCCCGCCGUGGGCGAAGGACCCGCCGAGGUCCGAGCACCAUCGCCGCCCGCCAGUCCUCCAGCCGUCUCUUCACCGGCAGGACCUCUGAUGGAGGAGCAGGCGGGGGGGCGCAGCGAGUCUGACAGCAGCACGGUGGAGGUGGAGAGCUUGGGUGGAGAAAUCCAGGAGAUUCCUGGAGAAAAGGGGGCAGGUUCCCCUUCCAAGGCCUUCGAUGGAAACCUGUCCUGCAACAGUAACAGCAACUGUAGCCUGACGCUCAGCAACAGCAGCCAGCAGGAGAGCGAGCAGAAAGCCAAAGCCUCAUCCAGUCAGAAGCGGCACAAAGAGUCUCAAGGCGGCGGAGCAUCAAAGAAACACAAGCGCAGUCAUAAAAACCUGAGCUUACAUCCCAAGAAGAACCGCAAACCAGCCCACAGCAGUGACAGUGAGGACCAGUGUAUGAGCGAGAGCACUGCCAAAUCCCCCACAUCCAAGAGCAGCAGCGAGCUGAAGUCAGCCAUCCCGCACAAGUGCUCCGGCCGGAUGCCCCCCUCAGGCCACAAGUACCACAAACACGCUGACCCGGAUCACUCCCACGACCGGACCAAGUGGAGCUUCCAGAUGUCGGACCUGGAAAAGAUGAGCAGUCUAGAGCGGAUAGCGUUCCUUCAGGAGAAACUGCAGGACAUCAGGAAUCACUACCUCCUGCUCAAAUCGGAGGUGGCCUCCAUCGACAGGAGACGCAAGCGCAUGAAGAAGAAAGAGAGAGAGAAACCCUCUUGUGUCCCGGCAGGUGCAGCAGCGGCCUCGUCCUCAUCCUCGUCCUCGCCAUCCUCCAGCUCUCUGACGGCGGCUGUCAUGCUGACGCUGGCAGAUCCCACAGUGUCCGGCGCGUCACAGACCUCGGGGGUGUCCGUGGAGUGCAGGUGACAGCAGCGGGACGCCGGCGAGCAGCACAGAGCACUUAACCAGCACCCCAAAGACACUGACAGACACAGCGACGGGGCGCAAACGUGACGAAACCAUAGCCACCAGACAGCAACAAGCACUAUUUUAUAACGACAACUGUUUCCUUGGCAAGCUAAUUGCACUCAAGUGCACUUUUUUUCUGUGGCUGAACACUGUACUUCACCCUCAGAUCCACCGGUGUAAAGUCAGUCCCGGGCUGGAGCCGUUUGAGAGGCGGCGGAGUUUAGAAACAUGGGUAUUCACUGACGGUCAGUCGACGCUGCAGUGCCUUACGGUUCGGGCACUCGUGAGGAAUGCUGGGAAACCUGUAAUCGAGGGGUAGCUGUGUGUUUCAUAACGUAGAGCCCAAACUCUCAUUAAAGAGAAUGUCUGGUUUUCUUUUAAAUCAUAACAGGGAUCAAGAGUCUGUCCAGGUCAUAUUUCACACUAAAAUUAAAAGAAAAGAAGAAAAAAAAAUAUAUAUAUAUAUAUGUCAUUUUUUUUGCUCCAAGAAAAC